UUUAACUAACUAUGUUUUAUUCACAUUGAUUAACUAAGUUUUAAAAGUAAUUCCAAAUAUAACAAAAUGGGUUCAUCCAAAAAACAUAAAAAGAAUAAAUCAGAACGACGAGAUAAAUAUGAGGAAUAUAGUCAAGAUCCGUCGCAGCUGCAGCGCGGCUUGAAACUCAUACUUAAGGUGGGAACCAACUCCACACCCGAAUAUAGCGCAAAUUCGCCCCUCACCUCUUUGGAUGGGCCGCCCACCGCUGCCGAAGCCAUGAUGUCGGCAGCGCCUAGCAGUCCUCUGCCAGAGGAAUUACAGUUUGGCGGUGAGCGUGAACGUCACAAAAAGUCCAAAAAGAAAAAAAAGAAAAAAGACCGUGAGAAAAAGCACAAACAUCACAAAGAGAAACGCCACCGCAGUGAACGCCGUGAUAGUAAUGGAAGCAAGGUCCGGCAUCGGGAUACAUUCUCGACAGAGCGGCUAACAGAUGAAGUGUCCGCCGUCGACGAUGGCGGCUGUAGUAGCUCUGCAUUGCAAAGAAGCACUGUAAGAAGCUUGCCUCAUAAUGUGGCGCAAGCACCACCACAAACCGAUCCUGAUUCAAGCCAAGACGGCUUUAACUUUAUGUAUAACGACAACGACAAUUCGCAGCAGCUGCCAGAAAAUAUAUUAUUUUACUCAGGCAUAACAACGGAUAAUUCACCCUCAAACUGCCCGGUAACGAAACCAAUAGUGCCGCGCAAAAUUGAGGAGCUUCUGCUAGGCUCGCCCACAUCCUCCUCGCUACAGUCUUCCUCGAUAAGCAUGGUGGGCGGCAGUCCAACGAAGCCACUUCCCGAUCUGCUGAUUCCAUCGCCGUCUCCUUCAACGGGAGGCGCCAGCUCCCUAAAUGGGCUUACGCCCAAACCGCUGGAAGCACCGAAAACUCCGAGUACAUCGAGCGAAUCAGGACGCGAGCCGCGCAGUUGCGUCCUUAAACUCAAACAGCAAAAAUCACCGCUCAACAAACUUCUGGAGCAUUUGCUACGGUUUCUGGAAAAACGCGAUCCUCACCAGUUUUUCGCAUGGCCGGUGACCGACGACAUCGCGCCUGGCUACUCUUCCAUUAUAAGCAAACCAAUGGACUUUUCGACGAUGCGUCAGAAAAUCGACGAUCACGAGUACGCAACUCUGACAGAAUUUAGCGAUGACUUUAAGCUGAUGUGUGAAAAUGCCAUUCGCUACAAUCAUGUCGACACCGUCUACCACAAGGCGGCGAAGCGGCUUCUGCAAGUGGGUGUUAAGCAUCUGCAGCCGGACAACCUCAUGCGCAGUCUUAAACCGCUAUCUGGUUUUAUGCGCGAACUAACGGCGAAAGAGCUGGGCUUCGAACUGACAUCCAACGAGUUUUCAAAUUACGACGGUCAUGAUUCAGGUGAUGAAGGUGCAUCAACGGGUGCUGAGGAACCCACACCGGCGCAGAUUGAGGAAGAGGAACGCAAACGCGCGCUACGAUUGGAAAAUGAACCAAAAACACAUUUUGAACCCUAUGUGGAUGAUAUGACUGGGGAGGAGAUACUUGCCCAGGUGCAAGGUGCCGCCCAGAAGGCUAAGCAGCACGUCAGCGCUCAGCAAAGAGCAUAUAAAAUGGGCUUUUUGCGCCAAAACAAUGACGGCACUACCUCACUAAAUCUGUUGAUCAAGGACGAAAACGAGGGACCCGAGAAGGUGAUUACCAUCGGCGACCUUGUGGGUAAAUUGCAGUCCGGAAGCGGCCAACUACAAGGAAUGCGCAAGGACAAGCGCAAUAAUCUCAAGCCGGUGAAAUCUCUUAGCUACGGAGCAUAUGCAUCCUUUGCUCCCAUAUUUGACUCGCGCUUCUCCAUGCUUAGCGCUGAGGAGACGCAGCUGGUGCUGCGCACAUACGGCGAUGCGUCCAGUGCUGAGUAUGCCGAAAGCAUUCUACAGUUCACGAAAGACUCCAGCUAUGCGAACACACUUGCCAACGGCCUGCUCGACAUUAUGACCAAUGGGGAGCACAGCAAAUCCUUGGACGAGCUUUACAACAUACAGCUACAAAAUUAUGAGCGGCAGGAAAUCGAUAAGUGCUUCAGCAGCACAAACGGCGAUGACGAGGAGAUGUCACUUUCCACUGCAGACUCGCGGGAGCUCAUUGAACAAGAGUAUGAGAAAUAUAAAAACACGCGAGUCGACUUCAAACGUCUGCGCUCGCUCAAGGAGCUGGGUAUCGAUGUGAGCUUUCUGGACGACAUGGAGAACAGCAUGAAGGACUUCGAGCUGACGCGUCGUCUACAGGAACAUCUCAGCAACAAUCUCACUCUGAUUGAAAAGCUGCGUGUUACGCAGCACGAUCGAUUGUCUCAACUUCUUCCCGCACAUCUCGCUAUGGUACCACAGGCAGGGCAGGAGGAGACGCACGUCGCUCACCAGUUGACGCAGCAGCUGACCGAUUUGGCUAAGAAGCUGCCACCCUCCGCCAUCGCCGAUCCGUACGCGUUACGGAAAGCCAUGGGCAUGUCCUGUGUCGGCUUGCCGCCGGCACCGCAAGUAUCUCCACGCAUCCCCUUGCCGGAAGCUCUACAACAUCAGGUGGCUUUGCCCCAGCUACAGCUACCGGGCAACGUACCGGGGGUAUCCAUCCCCAUGGACAUUGAUGAGCAGGACGAGCCAACUGGUGGAGACUUGGAGAACGAGUUGCGCGAAUUCCUAGAGAGUGGCUCCGGUCUGCACGCCACCAAUUCGACUGAGGAUAACAAUAUAGUGGCGCAGCUAUUCUUAAAUUAACAACGUUUACAAAUUGAUGUAAGAUAAUUUAACUUUCUCACUUAAUUCUUACACCACUUAAAUUACAUACAACAUAAAUUUUAAGGCAUAUUAUUCAUUCUUUAAUUUGCAAAUCAUUAUAGGUAG